GAUGAUUCCUUGACGAAUGACAAAGUUCCAGCUGCAUGUUUUGGUUUAUUGACACUUCAUUCUCCGGUCUUGGCACGCAAGACGUACAGUGCUCUCUUCCAAUUCCGUAAUAGUUUAAUGUUUUGCAAGCUCUGGAUUUCAAUAUUUUCUUUUAUCAGCUCUGAGGAAAUGUUUGAAGAAAAUCAAUUUCAGCCUAAGAGUGAUGUGGCCCCUAAUUAUUACAAGAAACAACUCUCGUGGUUAUGAAUGUGGAUAUAAAUUUUGAGUCAACAAUUCAACAAUUACAAUAAAUCAGUCACAAAGGGCUUGAUUUUUUUGGAGGCAUUUGCGAAUGGUUAAGUUAUUGAUACAAUUUGCCUGAAGUUAAUUGGAAUAAAGCUACCGCUUUGUUGUGUAAAUGAGCAGUCUACAUAUCGUGUGACAGCAUGUUUUGACGACCAAAUAUCUUUACCAAAUCUAAAAACUUUCCUCCUGAAAUGGAAGAAUUUAGUAAGUCGAACAAUAGGAGCAUGGCAAACAUUGGAGGACUUUCGAUCAUACAGGAAUUUUCAAUGAAAAGUUGUGCAUUUACAAGAGUGGACCAUGGCAAGAGCAAUGUUGUUCAAACUGGAUGUACCGAUGGAAACCAAGGAGCUCCAGUUGACUUAAAUAAAGUCAUUCGCCUCGUGGAAAUCCUGAAACAGUGUCAGAAAUUUUUUACUCGCAAAGAAUUUAAAAAUUUACUCAAGCACAGAGCAGUGCGGUCAAGUUUAAGUGGUAUUGCAGAUUUGUACAAUAAAGGACGUAUCAGUUUAGAGAAAAAUGCAAUAAACUGUAUCAUUUCAUUUCUUCGGCUUAUAAAGAAAAGAGAAAAUAGUUGCAAGAAAAAUAAAAGUAACGGAGAAACAACUAAAAACAAGCUAGAGUUAAAACUAUCGGUUAUGAUCGCAGAUUUGAAGAUGAAAAGUACCUCUCGAGACUUGAUUCCUAGAGGGGGAAGAACACCUUGCAAUAAAAGACAAGAAUCUUCAUCCCAGGCCUCAAUUUCUACGCGCAAUAUCACUGGCAGAAAACCGCGAAGAAAAUCUUUAUCAAAAUCUAUGUCAAGGUCUAGAUCUAGAUCUCCUCCUCUUAGAAGAAAUCUUUUUCCGCGGAGGGACCAUUAUCGUCCAAGUCCCCCGCCGAAGCGAAAAAACUCAUAUUCGAGGUAUCGAAGGUCUGGAUCCUGGUCUCCGCUUUCAAGUUCUCGUAGCCGUUCCCGUUCAAGGUCUCAUUCGCCACUAAGAAAAAGGGAUUACUUCGAUAGCAGAGAAAGCAGAUCACGAUUUCGAGAUCACCCCUUCAAAUAUUAUGAAGAAUCCUCAACCUCUAAAUGGCUGCCGCGCUCCAAGAGGCCAAAAAGUCCUGCGGGUCUUAUUAGAGAAAAAAUACACCCCAAUCGACGGUCUCGCAGAUCUUGGUCUCCAUCCAUGGCGUCAUUAAAGAGAGAGGUAGAUAUGUUGAGAAUAGAAAACCAAACUGCUCUGAAGGACCUACGGGAAUUGUUGGCACAUAAUUAUAGUUCGUCCAGUUCAACAACUCAUGACGUCGGUGUACCAUCAAAUCCAUAUUCAAGUUACCUUCCAACCCGGAAUGAUUUCCUUGCCCAAUACGGAGCCACUGUAGAAGAUCAGUGCUUCUCAGUCUCUGAAACCAGCCCCCAAACUCAAUCAAACGGUCAAAAUUCUUAUCAAAUUGUGUAUAAGGGUUCAAACCAAUUUCCUGGACCAAGCAUGUCUUCAUAUUCGCCACCUAGCAACGAAUUUUUACCAGAAUCUGCAGAGCAAAUAAGUCUAUCAAAGCAAUCGUGCAUUAUGCAUGCACCUUUACCUACUGUAUCGCCUCCAGAUGUAUCGCAUGUGCGACUGCACCUUCCAUAUUCUGAUAUUCUAACUUAUCCUUUUCCUUCAAUGGAUACUUUAGUGACACCUUCAAUUUCGCCAUUACCUCCAUCCACGUUGAACGAAUUUAAAUCUCUGAGAACCACUAAAUCGUCCAAUGAGCCAGUUUUAAAUGAAUCAAGUACUGAACAACGGUUUUCAAAAGAGAUUGAACAUGUUGAGAAUAUAGAAACACAAGUAAAAUGCUGCGAAGUAGAAAGGAUUGAAUACUCUGGAGAAAGGGUCAAUAUUGUCAACCCAGCAUCGAUUUUAGAAAGUUUAAGUGACGAAAUUGAGAGACAUGUUAACAUCUUUAGCGUGAACAAACUGUCUUUUGAAACAUCGACAGGCGACAAUGAUACGGUGAAUAGCUCAGAGCAGACGAAUGCGAUUGAUCCAUCAUACAUUGAGAACAGUAAAAGAGAAAAAGUAAGUGUAACCGAUGAAUCAGCAGUUUGUAAAUUUGACAAUAAGAAACAUCGUAAAGUUGAUGAAAUAGAAGGUGAACUAUGCGAGUCGCGUAAACCACGACUGACGCAUUUGAAUAAAGGAACAGCAAACCUUGAAAAAUGUACAACUUCUCCAUCGUCUUGUGAGCACUCCAUCAAAAAAAAUGGGCAAAAUAAUAGAGACUUAGGAAUGGUAGUUAAUGAAAUGUUUCCAUCUCUUAUUAUAUCGGAAGAAUUAAAUACUCAUGAGGAAUCUGACACUGCCAAUAUAAAAGAAGUUUUAUCCGUAACUUCACCGGAAUUGUUGGCAACCCUGAUGAUAGACAAGAUGGACCCCUCUCGUGAAAACGUAGAGAAAAAGUCAUCAAAAUUAGAUUCUAAUUUUGGCACUGUUUCCUUCAACAAAAAUGAGCAACAUUCACCACGCGAACGGUUCCAUAAAAGAUCAACCAGAAACAUGAUGCAAGAAUUUAUCGGGAAUGAUUUCUCUAAAAUCAAGAUUCCUAUAGGAGUAACUCUAAAGAAGUGUUCGGUGCCUUUAGAAAAGACAUCAACUCUCCCUCUGGAAGGCAAAGGGUCAGUCAUGCAUAAGUUUCAUAAUUUAACGAGUAAAGCUGUUUCAACUAGGACGGGUGAGUCAAUUCAUCACAGUUCAACGGGCACACCAGCAUUUAGUGAUUUCAACAGUAUGAAGCGAUCUAAAAAUGCAAAACUACCCACUACUCUCUUGUAUGAAGCAGAAAAGACUCAUCUGAAUAGUGAGCCAGUAAUAAGCUCCAAAAAACUUAGAAAUUUCUCUUUGUUAUCUGAAAAUCAGCAACAACCAUCGGACCAGGUACCACCUAAAAUGGCAGAAUCUCUUUCGUGUCUAAAUGAAGCAGAAACAAACUUUCAUACGGAAUCUGAUGCUACAGUUAUGAGCGAAGUAUCGAAAUUUGCAAGAAUGCCGACAUUAUUAGUAGCCUUGAAAAGAGGCAAGGGCGACCUUUCUCGUGAAAACGUAGAGAAGCAGUUGCCCAAUGUAAUGCAUGAUUUUGGCACUAAUGCCUCUAUUAAAAAUGAGCAAUCUUCACCAAGCGAACAGUCAAGCGAAAAUUCUAACAGGAAACUGAUAAGAGAGCUUUAUGGGAGUGGUUUCUCCAAUAUUCAGGUUCCAUCAGGAGUCGCUCUUAAGAGAUGUAUGGUGACUUUAGGCAGGAAAUCAAAUCUUCCCUGUCCAACGGGCAAAAGGUCAAUUAUGCCACCAAAUAUGUAUAAAGAAUCUGAUGCUGCCAGUGUGAAUGAAUUUUUAUCUAACGGGUUAACAAAAGUGUCAACUGCAGCCUCGGGUCUAGAAAGGAAAGUCCUACCUUGUGAAAACGAAGAAAAACGAUCGCCAAAAUUAGCUGUUACACUUGAUGCCAUAGCCUCUGAUGAAAAAGAAGAUAGCGGCAGACUAUCUGCUAGCAAUCAGUCACAGGAAAGGCUAAACCGCGAUAUGAUAAUAGAGUUUAAUGGAAUUGCCUUUUCAAAUGUAAAGGUUCCCAAAGGAGUCAUUCUUAAAAAAUGUAUGAUUUCUUUAAAAAGAACAUCUAUAGCCAGCCCCUCAGGAAAAUAAAGACUUGAGAUACAGGGGUAUAAUUCAGAUUCGGACAUGAAUACGCUGAAGGUAGGCAUGAACCGAAAAAACGUGAAAUCAUUGAUGGAACCGGGUCAGAUGUUGAGACGGCAAGGUUCUCAGCGAACUUUUUUUUUUUUUUUUUUUUUUUUUUUUUUUUUUUUUUUUUUUUUUUUUUUUUUUUUUUGUGGGCAUGACUGUGGUGCAAGUCUCCUUCAAAGUCUUACAUAGUACGCAAAUUAUAAAAUGUAGCAUUUAA